UUCCUGGUUGGGAAACAGGCGAAAACUCGCGGUCAAUAAUAUUAUAAGAUCAACUAUCAAAUAUUCAAAUAUUAGUAUUUAGUAUAUUACGUACACUAAUAAUUGUACCCUUGAAGUUUGUACUAUAAUAAUUAAUAUUGUUGUAACUUGUCGCCGCGCCGUCGGGAAACCGAUCGUUUUAACGUUUCUAAUUGCCGAUAACGGCGGGCGGCGGCCGGCGGGACUAUACGUUAUCGUUUUCAGCAGCGGCGUUGCUGUCACAACGACAAAAUAUUAAAUAUUAACUUCCCGUGCGUAGGUAUAAACGGUAUAAUAGCUCGGCCGUAUAUCAUAGAGAGAUAAUAAUGUUCUAACGAUGAAUAAUAAAAAAUUAUCGUAACUAAUUAUUACACUAAGCCUUGCGAGCUCGGCCAUAGACAAGACGGCUGCCGACGAGAGACGAGUGCCUAUGUAGACGCGUCUUCGUUGAACGCGAUAUGCCAAUAUCGUAAACUAUUGCAGUGCACUUCAACUAUAAUAAUAAGCACGUUUCACACUGCGCGAUAUUCGGUUCGGUUCCUCCUCUCGUCGCCCGCUAAUAUCGCCGCCGUUGGUCCGUUCAGUCUUCUUACGUUACAUAACACAUCUAUGGUUCAGUCGUCGCCCGUCGUCAAGAUCGUCAUGCACGUCGUUUGCGACGACCCGAAAUCGCCGACGAACGCCUCCAAGCCGCCGGUCUUCAACCCUACGCCUGUCUCCACACUCUGUCGACGUCCCAAAUUGACGAUGAAGUAGGAUGGUCGGAUGGAUGUGAGCGGUCUCACCGCGACGGUUAGCUCGCUGUUUGCGAUUCUACCAUAGAACACUGUCUACUAUGGUUGGACUUUUUAGCAUUUCUUCAUAGUUGGAGUCUGUAUGUCCAAAUGUGUUUUAAUAAAGUUUUGUACUUGAGGAGUUUGAUAUUAAUAGGGAGGGAUGACUACCAAGAACAGAAAUGUGACAUAAAAUAUAAACUACAAUCAAAAUUAGCCAACAUAUAGAAAAAGUUUUUUUAUACUAACAGCAAUGAAAAGUGACAUUUUAUAUUUUAGCCGACCGGGCAUUAAAAAAAAUGCCAUUCUAACCUUUUGUAUCGGUGUAAUAUUUGGAAUAUUUUUUGCUUAUACUACAGUAACCAUUACUGAAUGCCAUUUUAAAGAUAUCAAAAUAUUUCCAUCAAAGUUUUCAUAUGAUUCGAUUAGAUACAGUGACCGUCAUUCACAUGGACAUGAUAAUGAAGGUUCAUUCAAUGAUUCACUCAUUAUGAAAGACCAUGGGGAAAAUGAGACAUUACACUUUCAUGAAGAUCUCGUGGCUCAAGAACUUAAAAAACGAAUUAGAGUUCUUUGUUGGAUCAUGACUAGUCCUAGUAAUCACAUUAAAAAAGCAAGACAUGUAAAAGCUACAUGGGGUAAACGUUGCAAUACAUUACUUUUUAUGAGUACUGUUAAAGAUAAAAGUUUACCUUCUAUUGCAUUACCCGUUAAAGAGGGUAGAGAUUCCCUUUGGGGUAAAACUAAAGAAGCAUUUAAGUACAUACAUAAACAUUAUAAUGAUUAUGAUUAUGUGUUAAAAGCUGAUGAUGACACGUAUGUUGUAGUAGAGAACUUGAGGUAUAUGUUAACUUCAUUUAACCCAAAAGAUCCAAUCUUCUUAGGUUGUAGGUUUAAACCUUAUGUUAAACAGGGAUACAUGAGUGGCGGUGCAGGUUAUUUGUUAAGCAAAGAAUCGGUUAAGAGGUUUGUUGAAAAAGCUAUACCUCAUAAACAAUGUCGGCAAGAUAAUGGUGGAGCCGAAGAUGUAGAAAUUGGUAUUUGUCUUCAAUUAGUUGGAGUAAAAGCUGAGGAUUCUCGAGAUAGUUUAGGUCGUGGACGUUUUUUUCCAUUUAUUCCAGAACACCAUCUUAUACCUGGGCAUACAGAUCCAAGUUUUUGGUACUGGAAAUAUAUUUACUAUCCAAUAGUAGAGGGCAUGGAUUGUUGUUCAGAUACCGCAAUUUCAUUUCAUUAUGUGAAUCCUAAUAAUAUGUAUGUUCUCGAAUAUCUAAUUUAUCAUUUACGACCAUUUGGAGUGACUCAGAAUAUUGAUCAAGCUACCGUAAACAAAAUUUACCCUAACAAAGAGAGUAAUGCUACAAAGACUGAUCAGCCAAUAAACAAAACACAACAUGUAUAAACUUGAAUGAAAACAAAGUUUUUAAAAUACUUUACUGUGUGAUUACAGUGUUGCCUCUUAUAUUGUAUAUUAUUUAUAUUUAUAUUUAUACACAAAUUAGAAUAAUUAGUUCCGUGCCAUUUCCAUGUUCUGUUUUUAUACAGAACAUCUUUUCUAGUCAAUAACUUAUUGGCAAAUCCUAGUCAAUUUGCUCAUAAAGUUCUUAUUGAUGGAGCUUGAUUUCUUUAAAUUGUUCUUCUUAUUAUCUAAACAUUCUAAAUGAACAAAAUAAUUAAGUUAUGCACUAUAUUAAUUUAUUUCUGUGCUAUUUUUUUGUUAAAUUAUAAAAUAAAAUGUUAUUUUAUAAUACUAUCUUGAUUUAAUACAUUUUAAAAUGUUAUCAAAUGAACCAAAGAUAUUAUUUUAUAUUUGCUUAUAAAUGUCACUAAUAAUAUUUUUUUGCUAUUAGUGAUUUUUUUUUGUUUAUAAAUAAAUGUUCUUUAAUAUAAUAUAGUGACUAUACUACUUAUUCUUGUAUUGAAAAUAAAGGGAAUUUAUAUAUUUUAAUAA